AACACAACAAUUAGGAGACAAAAGUGAAUACAAACGAGACACAAAACUGCUAAAACAAGACAGAGUAAACCCUGUAACAGUGUUUGAAGACAUUAAAACGCUGAUUUGUUGUAUUUAAUAUGCCAGUAAAAUCCAUUUUGUCUGCAGUGUCUUCCAGGAUGUUUAGUGUUUGAAUCCUGAACUCUGAGUUUGUUUUUCUUUCAUUUCUGCAUAACGUCUGGAGAUUGAAAUGAUUCAUGAACGACUCGAAUGUUUAAACCAAAGUCAUCGCAGCGCAACGAGGAAGAGGAAAGAGCUGAAGGUCGAGCAGGAAGACGAGGAAGAAGAAGAACUGAGAGGCGAUCAGAAGCGAGAGCGCCGAGGAGGAAGAUCUAAAAAAAUAACAAAAGAGGAACAAAAUCCAGAAAAUAAAAGAGAAACUCUGCAGCUCAAAGAGGAUCUAAAAACCGAGAAGGUAAAUCAGAGAGGAGCCGGUUUGAGACGACCAUGAGGCUGAAGAGUCGACUCUGUUUCCUGGUUCUGGUGAUUUCUUCGGUGUCGAGAGGAGAAGUAAACCAAACUGCAGUUCCUCCAACAGCUGCCGAGAAAGUGGAGAAUGAAGAUUCCCCCAUUCCUACGGUUCCACAGCCUCAGGAUGACACCAGAAAUGACACUAACAGCUCCAGAGCAACCAAUCAGAGCCUAGUACCAAUGGGGACGGUUUCCACGCCUGUAGCAGAAACGACAAGUAAUGAAACGACAACUGAAGGCUCGACGCCACAGCCUCCAACCUCCGAUCGCGAGACAACGGUUUCUAUGACGACGGGUACACCACCCAUCGUACCCAGCGACAUAACAACUGCUGAGGGGGGAUAUGGAAAUGGUCCAUCCUCCUGGGCGUAUGUCUUCCUGGUCAUCAUCAUCCUGGUCAUCAUCGUUCUGUGUGUCAUCCUCUACUUCCUCCGCAGAGCCUCCAGGACGUAUUCCUUCGACCUGCACCGUCCCAGUCCGGUGGAUCACCUGAACCUGCCCAUCGGCACCUUUGAGCCGGUUUACCUGGACGACCUGGAGCGACCGACUCCUAAAGAAACCACGACGACAGACGAAGCUCCUCCGGCUGCCAACGGAACCAAUCUGACGGACGAGAAGUCCUCGGGUGGACACAACGAUGCUCAGGAACAUCUGGACGUAAAUGGUUUGGAGACGUCACCCACCAGUAACCCCAGUAACACCAGCGUGUCGUCGGACGGUGACCCGGUGGAGCCCCUGGACGGUCCCAGUCUGAUGUUCGCCGAAGAGCAGCAGAACGAGAACAACAACAAUCCCUCGGUUUGUUCCAACGAGCCGUUCGUGGAGAUAAAUCUGGAUGAACCGGCCUGGUGUGAUCAGCUGCUCACCUCCCCUGAAGCUCCGUCGUCCGUCCUCCCGUUCUCUCCUUUCUCCUUCUCCUCUUCCUCCUCUUAGCGUCUCACCGGAGGCCAAACUCACAUCUGUCUUCAAGUCAAACUAAACGUUCAGAUCAGGAGGUCGCUUUGAUCCAAGGAUCUUCUUCUGUUCCAGUUUUCACGUCAAAACACGACAUUUUACCCAAACCGUGUCCAGCAACAGUCAGUACAUCGCUGUGGAACGUCAUCUAAAAUGUUUGUCUAAGAUCAACAGCUGAGUGUUAGUAGUAAUCUGAUUACUGUCAUGUGUUAGAGUAGAUUCACCGCUGGUUUCUCAAACUGCAGUUAGUUUCUGUAAAUACUGUUUGACAUUCUGUUAAAUUCUGUUUGUGAUGCUGGAUGUUUCUGUGUGUUAGAAGAUGAAAUGUGUCGACUUUUAUUUUUCUUUUUGAUAAAAAAACAAUCAAACUGACUAGAAUUACAAAAAUGAACAUUUUAAUGCAGCAUCUGACUUCAUUUAGAAAACAUCAAACUGACAGACUGAUACAAUAAUAAUAAUGAUAAUAAUAAUAAUAAUAAUAAUAAUAAUAAUGAGCUGCUGGUUCAGUGUUAAAUGGCUGACAUUAAAGUGUUUUCUCUGUGGUUUGCAUUUUUGUGUUGUGAUAAAUGUGAAUUUGGUGAAAAAAUAAAACUAAACUUUGCUAAUU